CCCCCCCCCGGCCUCCCCCGGGGCAGCGCGGCGAGAGCCCGGCGGCCUCACAACGCCCCCCCCCGGUGCCUCGGCCACCCCUCCCCUCCGCACACCGCCACCAUGGCGGAGCAGGAGAGCCUGGAGUUCGGCAAGGCCGACUUCGUGCUGCUGGACACCGUCACCAUGCCCGAGUUCAUGGCCAACCUCCGCCUGCGGUUUGAAAAAGGACGUAUUUAUACGUUUAUUGGGGAAGUGGUCGUUUCCAUGAAUCCUUACAAAAACUUGAACAUCUAUGGGCGUGACAUGAUCGAGCAGUACAAAGGAAGGGAAUUGUAUGAGAGGCCUCCUCACCUCUUUGCAAUUGCUGAUGCGGCUUACAAAGCGAUGAAGAGGCGAUCAAAAGACACCUGUAUUGUAAUAUCAGGUGAAAGUGGGGCUGGGAAAACUGAGGCCAGUAAAUAUAUUAUGCAGUACAUAGCAGCCAUUACCAACCCUGGUCAAAGAGCUGAGGUGGAAAGAGUGAAGAACAUAUUGCUGAAAUCUAAUUGUGUAUUAGAGGCCUUUGGCAAUGCCAAAACAAACCGUAACGACAAUUCCAGCAGGUUUGGAAAAUAUAUGGAUAUCAACUUUGAUUUUAAAGGCGAUCCAAUAGGUGGGCAUAUCAAUAAUUACUUGCUUGAAAAGUCUCGUGUGAUUGUACAACAGCCAGGAGAACGAAGCUUUCAUUCUUUUUACCAGCUCCUCCAGGGGGGUUCUGACCAAAUGUUACGUUCUCUACAUCUUCAGAAGGAUGCAUCUGCGUACAGCUACAUCUCUCCUGGAGCACAGCUAAAGUGUUCCAUCAAUGAUGGUGCAGAGUUCAAAGCUGUAGCUGAUGCCAUGAAAGUGAUAGGCUUCAAGCAAGAGGAGAUUCAGACUGUCUACAAAAUUGUGGCAGCUAUUCUUCACUUGGGGAACUUGAAGUUUUCUGUGGAUGGUGAUACGCCUCUAAUAGAAAAUAGCAAGGUUGUGUCAAUCAUUGCAGACUUGCUGUCAACAAAAUCUGAGAUGGUGGAGAAGGCUCUUUUGUACCGAACUGUUGCUACAGGUCGGGAUGUCAUUGACAAACAGCAUACUGAACAAGAAGCCACCUACGGCAGAGAUGCCUUUGCAAAAGCUAUAUACGAGCGCCUCUUUUGUUGGAUUGUGACGCACAUCAAUGAUGUGAUCGAAGUGAAGAACUACGACACUACAAUACAUGGCAAAAACACAGUCAUUGGUGUCCUGGAUAUUUAUGGCUUUGAAAUAUUUGACAACAACAGUUUUGAGCAAUUUUGCAUUAAUUACUGCAAUGAAAAGCUACAGCAGCUCUUUAUUCAGCUAGUUCUGAAGCAGGAGCAGGAAGAGUACCAGCGAGAGGGAAUUCCCUGGAAGCAUAUUGAUUACUUUAACAAUCAGGUCAUUGUCGACCUGGUAGAGCAGCAGCACAAAGGGAUCAUUGCCAUUCUGGACGAUGCCUGCAUGAAUGUUGGAAAAGUUACAGAUGAGAUGUUCCUUGAGGCUCUUAAUAACAAGCUAGGGAAGCACGCACACUUCUCCAGCAGAAAGCUUUGUGCAACUGACAAAACCCUGGAGUUUGACAGAGACUUUCGAAUCAAGCACUACGCUGGAGAUGUGAUUUACUCAGUCAGUGGAUUUAUUGACAAAAACAAGGACACUUUAUUUCAAGACUUCAAGCGUCUCAUGUACAACAGCUCUAAUCCCGUGCUGAAGAUGAUGUGGCCUGAAGGUAAACUGAGCAUCACUGAGGUAACCAAGCGACCUUUGACAGCUGCUACCCUUUUUAAGAACUCCAUGAUUGCGCUAGUGGACAACCUGGCAUCAAAGGAACCCUAUUAUGUCCGUUGCAUUAAGCCCAAUGAUAAGAAGUCACCACAGAUUUUUGAUGAGGAACGUUGCAGGCAUCAGGUUGAAUACCUUGGCCUUCUGGAAAAUGUGAGAGUGCGCCGAGCAGGAUUUGCCUACCGCCAAACGUACGAGAAGUUUCUGCACAGGUACAAAAUGAUCUCAGAAUUCACUUGGCCAAACCAUGACCUCCCUUCAGACAAAGAUGCUGUGAAGAAGCUCAUAGAGAGUCAUGGAUUUCAGCAUGACGUUGCUUAUGGGAAGACCAAGAUAUUUAUCCGUACGCCUCGAACACUUUUCACCUUGGAGGAGCUGCAUGCCAAAAUGCUCGUGAGGAUUGUCCUCUUCCUACAGAAGGUUUGGAGGGGCACUUUGGCUCGUCUUCGCUAUAAGAGGACAAAGGCUGCCCUGACGAUACUCAAGUAUUACCGCCGCUACAAAGUGAAGGCCUACAUCCAUGAAGUUGCCCAACGCUUUCGCAAUGUGAGGUCAAUGAAGGAUUAUGGCAAGCAUGUGCAAUGGCCCACUCCACCAAAAGUGCUGCACCGAUUUGAAGAGGCACUCCAGAUGAUUUACCAUAGGUGGAGAGCAGGUGAACUCAUCCGGAGCAUCCCACCAAAAGACCUACCUCAACUGAGGGCAAAGGUUGCUGCCAUGGAAGUGCUGAAGGGUCACAGAGCUGAUCUUGGCCUACAAAGAGCAUGGGAGGGGAAUUACAUCGCACUGAGACCAGAUAACCCUCAGACCACUGGCUCCUUCAUCCCUGUUGCCACUGAGCUGAAACGGAAAGACAAGUACAUGAACGUCCUCUUCUCAUGUCACGUCCGCAAGGUCAAUCGCUUUAGUAAGGUGGAGGACCGAGCAAUCUUCAUUACUGAUCGACACCUUUAUAAGAUGGACCCUAUGAAGCAGUACAAAGUGAUGAAGACCAUCCCCCUCUAUAAUUUGAUAGGAUUGAGCGUCUCCAACGGAAAGGACCAGCUCGUGGUCUUCCACACGAAGGACAACAAGGAUCUCGUUGUCUGUCUCUUCAGUAAAGAGCCAUCUAAUGACAACAGGAUUGGAGAGCUGGUGGGAGUCCUGACAAGCCACUUCAAGAGCGAGAAGCGCGCGCUGCAAGUCAGCGUCACCAACCCGGUGCAGUGCAGCCUGCACGGGCGGAAAUGCACCGUCUCCGUGGAAACGAAGAUUAACCAAUCCCAGCCGGAUUUCACCAAGCAUCGUUCCGGUUUCAUCCUCUGCGUGCCAGGGAAUUAGCAUCCACGCCGCCGGCGCAGCGAGCCUGGGGAGAGAGCGGAGGAAAAACAGACUGGGGCCUUGGUCUCCCUCCCCGUGCCUUGGAUCUUUCAAGGGGAAUCACGUAGAGAUGCUCAGCUGUGACACAGUCAUGCACCCAAAAAGAUCUCUAAAGCCAGAGGUUUAGCAAACCCACAUUCAGGAGAGGGUUUUGCUACCAUAUGCAACAAAGGCUUAAAACAGCCAGUGUGGCCUGUCACCAUCUUACAAAACAGGCCAGAGUAUCAGGAAAGUGCAUCUGAAUUAUUCCAAAAAAGCAUUUAUCGGUACUUAGCCCUCUCCUCCCUUUCCCACGUUGAUUCUUCAGCCCUCUCCCCUGUUCCCUUCUGUGUUUGUCUGUCGUUUUGCAAUAUUCUGCAGCCUCCACCGGAGGAACCAAAGAAACCGGCUCAGGAAGGAGCCUGGUGAUAGGGCACCACAUCCUGAUGGGGACAGAGCCCCCUUUGGAGAGGAGGGCUGGUGUCUCUGCCGAGGAGCCGCCCGGCGCUCCCCCAGCCCCGCACGGAGUUGGGCUGGUCGGGGACACGCAGCUCAGAGCUUCCCUGCUGGCAUCCAGGAGCACAGAGGCAAGGUGGUGGGAGCCGGGUAGUGCAGCGCAACGGGGAGUGGGAUUCACAGUGCAGAGGUGUUGGGUUUUUUUAUCUAUCUGCAUUGUUUGUGCCUUAAUUACCCUCUCCAGUGACCAAAGCGGGUUCCCAUUUGGACCCAGCAGCCUUGCAGAGUUUUCAUGUGAUCCCAUGGCUUCUUGGUAUCCCCAGUGGUGAAGUUUGGUGAGGGCUGUAAGGAAGCACUGGCCGGGUCUCUGCAGGGGCCUGAGGGUCCAUGGACCCGGCCCAGCGCUGCCCCGCUUUGCACUAAGCAGCCGCUGCUUCUGGCAGGGCAGGAGCACAGACCCGGCUGCAAGGCCGGGCCCUUCCUCGAAGUUUCCUGGUUGGGUGUCAGCAGCCCCAUUGCCAUCACCUCGGCUUUUUGGCCAGCAUCACCGUUAGCUGAUGCACAGAGCUUGGCUAACCUCGCUCUUGGUGUUUUGUGUUUACGUAGGGUCGUGGUUUCACCAGCUCUCCUCUGUGCCAGGUACCCCGCCAGGCUUUUUAUUUAAUGCCAGCGAGCUGUAGCUCAGGCUGUGGAGGUGGUGUUUGAGCGGAGGCAGCUGUGGGACUGUUGGGAUCCCGUAGACCAGGUCCUGGCGCUGCUGGUCAGGUCAGGAUUUGCAGCCCCUGGGAUGCACCCCCAUAGGUGCAGCUGAGCUCUGGGCUUUUAGGAAUCAGACGCACCGAACGAACCCUAAAUAAAAUGCUUCAGAACCCAUGCCGUGGCCUUGGGGAGCAGGGGCAGCCUUUAUCCCCAACCACUGCCAGAGACCUGAGGUUGAUGGGACCAGAACCCAGAAGCCUGGAGCCACAUCCAGCCACUGGUCUCUGCUUGUAGGGAGCUGCUCGGGGACGCAGCAUCCCACACACGGGGGCUGCCCCACAGCCUCCAGAGGCCCCUCCAAGAGCUGGUAAGCACCAGGCACCCUCCAAAGGCUGCCCCACAGCUCUGUGGCAGCGACGUCCCAGCUCCCGACCAUGUCCCAUGCCCCCUGCCCUCUGCCCCAUGCCGAGUGCGACCACCCAGGGCCCCCCACAGCCCCUUGGCCACCUAAUCCCAGUUUGUGCCCCACAGUAGCAGCAGUGCCACUGCUGAAGCCAUCCCACACCUGGGCAGGAGGAGAGCGUGCUUGCCUUCAUCCCGAGGAAGCGCCAGCAGGAAAGUCCUCGCCAUUGCUGUGCCUUUCUAUUUGCACUUCUCGCUUUUUGUAUCUAAUGGUCCCAAAGCCUCCCUAGUGACACUAACCCGUAGGCAAGGUAGUGGCAGGAGUUUUAAUCAGCACUUUUAUACACUAUCCCUCCAACGAAAUGGUUGUACUGAAUCAUGAUGGACAGCAAUAAAUCGCGUGUGUAGGAAAUUUCUAAUGCUAUGAGAUGAGAUAGCAAUAUUGUAUGAGAUGAAAAAUGUCUUUAUAAAAUAUAUUAUCUGUUCCUGCUCUGGUUUUAUAUAUAUAUAUAAAUAUAUAAAAUAUAUAUAUUCCUGUUUUUUUUUUCCCAUAAAUUAACUAUUUCUAAAUUGAAUUUUGAUUUUUCAGCCUGGGGCGAUAAUGCAAUGAACUUUUUUUUUUUUUUUAAGUAGUUGAUAUUUUAAUGUGUAAAAAAGCAGAAAAACCUACUAUCAUUGACCUGGGUUUUUGUUUACAUAAUUCACUGUCAUAAAUAAAAGACCAAUUAGUUGCA